AAGCGGAAGCGUCAGCGUUCACAAACGGUGAACACAUACACACACCAAAACGGUGCGCGCAGCCGCCAAACUUGGUAGUCAGUCGGCGAAAAGCAAGAGGAAAAAACAAAAAAAAAAAAAACACUCACAGCUGAAGAAAAUUGCAACACACACACCAGGCGCGCUCAAGGAGAAGUUCAUUAGAAGAGCGUUGAAUGCAGCACAUUAGCAACGUCAGCGCAAAACAUACAGAGAGAUAGAGAGAGAGAGGGAGCACAAACACACACAAAAACACGCACAUACACAACACACACACACACACACAACAUGGCGGCCGUUGAAGUGCGCAAUGGUUAUAAGUACUAUGGCUCCAAAUCGAGUCCCAAGAUUGUGCUCAACCAACUGAAUAUGAACGUCAUGCGUGGCUCCAUCUAUGGCCUGCUGGGUGCCUCGGGCUGUGGCAAGACCACAUUGCUUUCGUGCAUCGUGGGUCAGCGUUGUCUCAAUGGUGGCGAGGUUCGGGUGCUGGGCGUCAAACCCGGCGAGCCGGGCAGCGGUGUGCCCGGCUCACGUGUUGGCUUCAUGCCGCAGGAAAUCGCGUUGGUUGAGGAGAUGACGGUCAAGGAGACGAUCUUCUAUUUCGGACGCAUCUACGGACUCACAGAUGAGCGCAUUCGCGAGAAGUUCAAAGACCUAAAGGAUCUGCUCCAAUUACCGCCAGCACGUCAAAUGAUCAAGGAGUGCAGCGGUGGACAACAGCGACGUUUGUCCUUUGCCUGCGCCAUGAUCCACGAUCCCGAGCUCCUCAUCCUCGAUGAGCCUACAGUCGGUCUCGAUCCCAUGUUGCGCGAAAAAAUAUGGAACUUUCUGGUGGAAACGACUCGAAAUAGCAAAUUGGCUGUGAUCAUCACCACACAUUACAUUGAGGAGGCCAACCAAGCGAAUUACAUCGGUCUCAUGCGAAAAGGCGUUCUACUGGCCGAGGACACGCCUACAAAUAUCAUGAUUAAAUUUGGUACACAAUCCAUUGAGGAAGCAUUUUUGAUACUCAGCCAGCGCCAGGGCACUGAGGAUCAGGUCGUGGAUCAGAACAGAAAUCAAUCAGUGGCGCUGCCUGCCGCAGUGCUGCCACUUGAGGUGAUCGAUUCACAUGACCCAACCACGGACGAGAAGCCGCCCAUUCCGUACGAAGAGACACCGAAUGAGAAUCGCAAGAAGGUCUUCUUUACGACCAAAGGGCGCCUCAAGGCGCUCAUGACCAAGAAUUUUGUGCAACUAUUCAGGCAGCCCUCUGGUAUCAUUUUUAUGCUGCUGUUUCCCAUCAUACAACUCACCUGCUUCUACCUGGCCAUUGGCAAGACACCCACAAAUCUGGAGCUGGGCGUCUACUCCGGCGAGGUGGACAGCUACUCUGAGUGCUUCGAUGCGAAUUUGAAAACGAUUUACAAUGCCAACGAUACCUGUCACUUUAAUAAGCUCUCCUGUCGCUACAUACUCGAACUGGGCGACGAUAUAGCAACCAGAAAGUAUUACGCCUCCCAAGAGGAUGCCCUCAAAGAGGCCAAAAGGGCUCUGACUGUCGGCUAUAUUUAUUUUGCGCACAACUUUAGCGAAUCGGUGCACGAACUCAUAGAGGAUGGCAUCCAUGCCAGCGAUGGAGCCGUCGACAAUGCCGAACUGACUGUACACAUCGAUAUGACAGAUCAACAAGUUGCCUACUAUAUGCAACGCAAAUUGCGGGAUAAGUUCAGCGAUUUCAUGAACGGAGUUGUUCGCGAUUGCAAUGUGUCCUCGGCGCUGGUGAAGCUGCCCGUUCAGUUCCAGGAUCCCAUCUACGGCAGUACGGACAUUGAGUUCCAGCAGUACUGUGCACCCGGUGUGGUAAUGACCAUGGUAUUUUUCCUGGCUACUUUGAUGACGGCUGCUGUUUUCAUAUCAGAGCGCAUGGAUGGCAUUUGGGAUCGUACUUUGCUGGCUGGUGUCUCGGCAACCGAAAUGCUUUGGGCACAUCUGUGCACCCAGCUGAUAAUUAUGACACUGCAAUCGUUUGAGGUGAUCAUGUACAUUGGCAUCGUAUUCGAUACGUAUAACAAUGGAGAUACGACCACGCUGAUAGGACUGCUAACGCUAACAGCUUUCUGUGGCAUGUUGUUCGGUCUGUUUAUCUCUGUUUUCUGCAAAUCGCACACGGAGGCUAACUUUGUGGCCACAGGCGCUUUCUAUCCCAUGAUAAUACUAUGCGGUCUGCUGUGGCCGCUGGAGAGCAUGCCACGGUUCUUGCAGGAUCUGGUAAUGGUGCUGCCAUUCACCAUACCCUCGAUAUCGGCACGAAAUGUCAUCGAGAAGGGUUGGAGCAUCACCAACGCGAAGGUCUACAACGGAUUCCUUGUGAUGGCCGCCUGGACAAUCAUCUUCUUUGUGCUAUGCCUGGUGGGCAUUAGGCGCAAGGCGUAGUGGGUUGGUGUCUACAUUCUAGGCGUAGUAGUGUAUUAGCAUUUCCCCUUAGGCGAUUUUAUAUAUGUAUGUAUAUUGUCAUAGUAUCUAUAUAAUUUAAUAAUUAUCGGAAGCAUAUCACUCGCAUGUCGCAGACUCUCAUUAUAAAAACAAAAACAAAUUGAAAAUAAACUCAUCAUCGCAUUGUUAGCCAGACUGCAAUUGGGUUGCCCGGGGAUUUUCAGCGAGUUGUACUAAUUAAGGUAAUAAAGUGGUUUUUUAUAUUGCGUGUAGUACUAAAUUAUGGCAACCCAAUGUGGGACUGUACUAAAACAUAAGGUCUAAAGGGUGUCUCACAAAUAUUUAUAGUACAUAGCACACAGCAUUCGCAUUCAUGAACGAAGUCUAAGCAAUCAAAUGAGUUUACAUGUUUAGUACAUUUAUUAUUAUUAUUAUUAUUAUUAUUAUAAUAACAACCAAUGUAAAU